GUGAAAAUGCGAGUGCCUGCUCAGGAUCUCAGGGAAAAUGGGGAGGAAGAAGAAGAAGAGGUCUUCCUUAAGCCUGUGCUAGAGGACCGAAAUAUGGAACUGGCCCGAAAAUGCAGUGAGCUAAUCAGUGAUAUACCCUAUAAAGAAGAGUUUAAAAAAUCUAAAGGCAAGUGCAUCUCUGUAGCUGACACCCCACAGCUGAAACAUGCAAAAAGUCUUGCUGCUUUGCUUUCUGAGGUGAAGUACAAAGGAGCUGCUAAGAAAGACCUCUCCAACUCUCUUUAUCAGCAGAUGCCAGCCACAAUUGACAGUGUAUUUGCAAAAGGCUUAACACAACUUCAGAGCAAGGUUCUUUACACACAGAAACAUGCUGCUGAGAAAGGAACUUCAGAUUAUGCACAUAUGAAGGAGCCUCCAGAUAUUAAGCAUGCCAUGGAAGUCAAUAAACACCAGAGUGAUGUGUCCUAUAAGAAGGAUGUGGAGGAGACUCACAGAUACACCGAAGUGCUGAACAGGCCAGACAUAAGGAUAGCAACUGAGAUAACAAAGCUCAUCAGUGAUGCUGAGUACAAGAAAGGAAGGAGAGAGAUGACUAAGGAGCCUGUUGUACUUGGAAGACCAGAUUUUGAACAUGCCAAAGGAGUAUCAAAGCUGUUAAGCCAAGUGAAAUACAAAGAGCAGUUCAGCAAGGAAAUGAAGAGCCACCAGUACAAUCCUCUUGACAGCGCUUCCUUCAAGCAAGCACAGCUUGCAGCCACCUUGGCAAGUGAUGUGAACUACAGGAAAGAUCUGGAAAGCCUACAUGAUCCAGCUUCAGAUCUACCAAAUCUGCUGUAUUUAAACCAUGCUUUAAAUAUCAGCAAAACACAGAGUGAUGUCAAGUACAAGGAGAAUUAUGAAAAAUCUAAAGGCAGAUCAAUGCUGGAGUUUGUGGAGACACCAAUGUAUCAGGUCUCAAAGGAGGCUCAAAAGAUGCAAAGCGAGAAAAUGUAUCGCAGAGAUUUUGAAGAGGGGAUCAAAGGAAGACCCUCAAUGGACUUAGACAAGACCCCAGGGUUCUUGCACCUAAAAGAAGUCACCAACCUCCUCAAAGAGAAAGAGUACAGAAAAGACUUGGAAGAAGGGGUGAAAGGAAAAGGCAUGACAGUGUUUGAAGACACACCUGACUUGAUUCGAGUGAAAAACGCAGCUCAGAUACUAAAUGAGAAACAAUACAGGAAAGACCUGGAAACAGAGAUUAAAGGGAAAGGCAUGCAGGUUGGUCCAGAUACUCCUGAGAUAAGACGAGCCAAGAAAGCUUCUGAAAUUGCCAGCACGAAAGAAUACAAGAAAGACUUGGAGAAUGAAAUUAAAGGAAAGGGAAUGGAAGUGAGCGUGGAUACCCUGGAUAUACAACGAGCCAAAAAAGCUUCAGAAAUUGUAAGCCAGAAAGAAUAUAAAAAGGAUCUGGAGACUGAAAUUAUAGGAAAAGGGAUGCAGGUUGGCCCUUAUACUCCUGAAAUACAACGGGUCAAAAGGGCUUCGGAAAUCGCGAGCCAGGUGUUUUACAAGAAGGAAGUAGGAGCUGGCACAGCUGUGAGAGAGACUCCAGAGAUGGAAAGAGUAAGGAAGAAUCAGCAGAACAUCAGUUCGAUUAAAUACAAGGAAGAAAUUCAGCAAGCCACAACUAUUUCUGAUCCACCAGAACUAAGGAGAGUCAAGGAGAACCAGAAGAAUAUAAGCAAUGUUCAGUACAAAGAGCAGCUCUGCAAAGCCACACCCAUGAGCAUCACCCCGGAGAUUGAGAGAGUCAAGAGGAAUCAAGAGAAUGUCAGCAUGGUUCACUACAGAGAGCAGCUUGGCAAAGCUACUGCUGUCAGCAGCACUCCUGAGAUGGAAAGAGUCAAGAAGAAUCAAGACAACAUCAGCUCGGUCAAGUACAGCAGCGAUCAGAGGCAGAUGAAAGGUAGACGUAGUGUGCUCCUAGACACACCUGAGCUCAGGCAUGUCAGAGAGACCCAAAACAACAUCUCAAUGGUCAAAUACCAUGAGGAUUUUGAGAAGACAAGGGGCAGAGGCUUCACCCCAGUGGUUGAUGAUCCCAUCACAGAGCGAGUGCGGAAGAACACCCAGAUCGUGAGCGAUGCGGCGUACAAAGGGGUGCACCCACACAUCGUGGAGAUGGAUAGGAGACCUGGAAUCAUUGUUGACCUUAAAGUUUGGCGCACAGAUCCUGGCUCCAUCUUCGACAUUGAUCCUCUGGAGGACAAUAUUCAGUCUAGGAGUCUGCAUAUGCUUUCUGAAAGAGCAAGCCGCUACAGCAAGCAGUAUUUGCAUUCCACCAGUCUGGGAGACUAUAAAUCAGAUGGCUCUGACACCAACCCAACCUUUUCUUACUGCAGUGAGGUAACCAGGCCAUCUGAUGAAGCAGCCCCUGUUCUCCCUGGGGCAUAUCAGCAAAGCCAGUCCCAAGGAUAUGGAUACAUGCACCAGACCAGUAUGUCAUCCAUGAGGUCCAUGCACUCACAGCCCCAUUCAGCAAGUCUGAGAACAUACAGAGCUAUGUAUGACUACAGUGCUCAAGAUGAAGAUGAAGUCUCCUUCAGGGAUGGUGAUUACAUCAUCAAUGUGCAACCCAUCGAUGAUGGCUGGAUGUAUGGUACUGUUCAGAGAACUGGGAAAACAGGGAUGCUUCCAGCCAAUUACAUUGAGUUUGUUAACUAAUUUUUGUCUCUAGUCCUUGGAGCUUUAUUAUGAUUUACUCAAAGUCUAACCUUUUAGAAGAAGUCAGAAGGAUCUUUAAGAAUCCAUGUUCAUUACUUCGCCACUGCUAUAACAGUCUGCACUCUCACUCCAAAUUCAGUUUAGAGCCCUUUAAAGAUCAAUAAUCAGCCAGAAGCUCAGAGCUUUGACAGCAGCAUUGCUUCUACUAGUGCUCCCUCAAAGUGAAAAUCCUGCAUGGAAGCCUGGUGGUGCCAAUCCUGUAAAGAUUUCAAUCAAUUAGCUGUAAAGGGCAAACAACUUCUCCCUGCACCUCAAAGACAUCGCUUCUCUUUAUAAUAGCAGCCAUAAAAUUGAUUCACUUCUUAUGGCACUCUGAAGUCACAGGUGGUUAACACACAAAGUCUGAGCCACGUCUUCAAAUUGUCAGGAAGGUGUUUAAAGUUUGAGCACUAAGCAUCCUAAUAAAGUAAAGAUGAGUAGGUAAUUCAGUCAUCUGAAACGACAAGAAGUAAUAUGCUAAUAACCCUCCUCAAAUGAGAACUAAGAACCCCUACUGCCCAGCAGCCUUGCACUAAACAGGUCUAUUUUGACAGCAAAUAUCUCCUGCCUCUUGCACACUCUUAUCUCUUCCUGGUUUACUCCUCUCUGAUUUCCAACAGCUAAGUCUUCUGUCAGCUUUGCUUGCAUCCCAGUCCAUCACAGAAUCAUAGAAUGGUUUGGGUUGGAAGGGGCCUUCAAGAUCAUCUGGUUCCAACCCUCCCUGCCGUGGGCAGGGACAGCUCCCACUAGAGCAGGUUCCUGAAGGCCUUGUGCAUCAGUUCGGUCCAUGCCCGGAUUCAUGGUUCUUUGGUGUCUUUUCCACAGCAAAUCCCUUGAAAAGACUCUCUAGAGUAUAAAACCUGUCAGCUCUUCUGUUUCCUUCUAAUAAUGCUUAGCAUUUCAAUAGAAGCUUCCAUUAGGGCAACCUACAGACCAGUACUUCAUGUUGGUUCCUUUACCUUCACCCAUCCUGCUGUAAAUAACUCCCUGGUGUGAAGCCCCAGUGCUGUGCAGUCACACGAAGCCUGCAGCCCCAUCCCUCCAGGUAACUUGCUUAAUGGCUGCUUUCCUAACGAGCUGAUGUGCUCACCCCUGCUGCAGAAACACUUGCACCUCCCCUGAGGAGUGCAGGACAUCUCUGGUUGCUGUAGUGCAUUGCAGCUCGAUGGCCUCUUGCUUCCAUUGCCUCUAGGAAUCUUGGUGAUCCAACAGCAGGUUGUACACUUGCCAAAGGACUGAUGAUGGAGAGAAGUUCUGUUUUCUUUUACUGCUUUAAUCACAUAACAGACCCUGAAGGGAAAACUGACUGAGCAGAAGUCUAACAUACUUCUAUACCAUCACACUCCAUGCCAACACACUCUGACCAACACGCUCUAUGCCACCACACUCUACACCAACAUGUUCUAUGCCAUCAUUCUUUUCAACACAGCCACCUAUAGAAAACAGUGAACCUGUUUUGCUGGCAAACCUUCAUAUAAGCUGCUCGGUGUCCAUGAACUGAUGAUCAGCAGUGAGAGAUGCACAUCUUAGGCUGUGAGGCUGAGAAUCGAAUAACUGGUGACAUAGUGGACUUGUAAGAGGGACUGGUCCAGCAAGCUUGAGUUGCAGAGAAGCUGCUUUUGCUUUUGCUGGAUGCCAGGAGGAUUCUGUGUUCCUUCAUCACAGGGAGAAACUCUGGGUGGAAGGAGAAAAGAGUUAAAGAUCCAUCUGGGAAUUGCUAUGUGUUCACGUGUGUGUAAGGAAGAAAAUGGUUUUGCUGCUGGCCUCAUUUAUGGUGCUCAGCCAUGUGCUAGAGAAGUUGAUUUUGGAGCAGCUCUCUGAGUGUGGAGCCUGUGCUGGCUUUCUCCCAUCUCUGAAGUGUUUAAAGUAGAACUUAAUGACAGAGUUUGCAGACAGUUCUCUCUGUCUCACUUCACAAGACAAGCAAGCCUUUAAAGAAUCAAGAAGGAAGGCAGUAUGGGUUUGUUCUAGCAGCUGAAAGAAGCCAGUGCAAAUACCUCUCAUUCUAUUUUUGCAUACAAUUAGGAGUUGGAAAGCUUAUGCAAUAUUUCUUUUCAGGUGUUGCUAGCACAGGGCUGAUCCCAGCUGCUGAGCAGCAUAGAGUUGCCUGCAUUGCAAAAACCUGAGGCAAUGCCUGUGCUUUCUUGGCAGCUGCCUGAUUUCAAAGCUGAAGCUGACCUAGGAACUUCAAAACUCGUGGUUUAAAGCCAAGGAUGUGAUAGUGUAAACACAUCAUCCCCAAGGGUGACACUGCUGUCACUUAAGGGUGUUGAAAGUUUUGCCUUCAGAGCUCCUUCUGCAGCAGACUCUGAUACAUUUGCUGCUGAUUUCCACAUGUAAUUACCAAGCUUUGCAAGUAAAAAUGGCCUUCUUCCUCCCCCCUCAAAAGGCUGCUGUGCUAAGCUGAGCUAGAAGCUCUGAAAGAAGCAGGCUGUUUCUCUGGUGGUUUUUCAUCCCUAGCAAGGGGAGGAAUCCCAUCCAAUGGUGCCUGGCAGCUCUCGCUACUAAUGCCUGAGGCAGAAUUGGCUGUCACUUGCUGCUGUGCUGCUCUAUUAACUGUGUAAUGCUGACAACAAUAAGAUGCAACUUGUCAGUUUGUUAAGCAGAUAGGGCCGAAAAGAACUACAGGGAAUAGAGAAAUUGCAUCGAGUUGUGGUUUUCAGUGACUUAGAAACAGAAAGGGAAGUUCCCAUCUCUAAAUGCACUGGAGUCGGUCUUAGCCGAGGAGCUGGCUCACAGUGAAAAGUGAAUCAGGAGAGGAGCACCUGAUGAUAUUAGAGGGCUGUGUUAUGCUAAGCAAAGGAAAUGAAAUCUCCUUUCUAAUUUGUGUUUUUGCAUAUUUAUUAGCCUGGCAAAGCAGUCUGCAAAAUAAAAGAGGUCAAGAAGAGAGCAGAGGAUGUGGAUGGAUUUCUCUCGUGAAGCGCAAUGCCAGCAGAAUUAGUAAGCUCUGAUUUUGAGUCCCUCGCUCCUGUAGUCAGGUUUUUGUGUUGUGGAUGCUUGGUAGUUUGUGUUCACAGGGGAUGGAUCCUGCUUUCUGCUGUGAAGCAAACGUUAGUGUCACUCUGCAGCUGUGUUCUCAGCAAUGCUAUUGAAGGCUCCAAAUGAUCAGAGUGCAAAUGUAAGUAAAAAAAUAGAUGCAAUGAAGGUCUAAAAUUUGGAAGGUAGGGAAAGGAAGUUAGCAGCCAAAUUGUGCCAGCACAGAUUUCACGAGGCAUAGGUUGGGAGCCUGCCACACACAGUGGGUGUAGAGGUGAACAGAUCAUAGAAUUAUAGAAUGUCAGGGGCUGGAAGGGACCUGGAAAGAUGAUCUGGUCCCAGCUCCCUGCCAGAGCAGGAUCACCUAGAGCAGGUCACAUGGGAACACAUCAGAUGGCUCUUGAAUAUCUCCAGAGAGGGAGACUCCACAACCUCCCUGGGCAGCUGGUUCUGUUAGAUGCUGUCCUGUCACCUUACAGUCAUUAUUCCUUUUCAGCCUAGCCUGUGCCUCUCGCUGUCCUUUCUUCC